AUGGCCGUGACCGACUAUGGCUCUAGGCCGGCUUCCUACUCUUUAACCGCCUUGGAGGACCGUUUUGAAGUGAUCAGGGAGAUUGGGGAUGGCAGUUUCGGCAGCGUUGCUCUUGCCCGGGUACGAGCAAAUGGCGCCAGCGUUGCUCGCCGGAAUACCAUGGUGGCCAUCAAGACGAUGAAGAAGACAUUCGACUCCCUCGGGCCCUGCCUGGAGUUACGCGAGGUCAUCUUUUUACGGACUCUUCCAACACACGCCCAUCUGGUUGGCGCCCUAGACAUCUUCUUGGAUCCGUUCAGCAAGAAACUUCACAUCUGCAUGGAGUAUAUGGAUGGCAACCUUUACCAAUUGAUGAAGUCUCGGGACCACAAGUGCAUGGAUGCGAAAAGCGUAAAGAGCAUCCUGUAUCAGAUCCUGUGCGGCCUCGAUCAUAUUCACGCUCACCACUUCUUCCAUCGAGAUAUCAAACCAGAGAACAUACUUGUCUCCACUUCAGCGCCCCAAGACUCCAACUCGGGUUUCAGCAGGUAUUCCUCUCUAGUGACGCCUCCCUCCACACCACCUACAUAUUCCAUCAAAAUCGCCGACUUUGGUUUGGCCCGCGAGACGCAGUCCAAGCUACCAUACACCACCUACGUGUCUACCAGAUGGUAUCGAGCCCCUGAAGUGUUGCUCAGGGCUGGUGAGUACUCUGCUCCGGUGGACAUCUGGGCUAUCGGAGCGAUGGCGGUCGAGAUUGCUACGCUCAAGCCUUUGUUUCCGGGCGGAAAUGAAGUCGAUCAAGUUUGGCGUGUCUGCGAGAUCAUGGGCAGUCCGGGAAACUGGUAUACCAAGUCCGGUACCCGAGUGGGCGGUGGCGAAUGGAGAGAAGGAACAAAGUUGGCUCAAAAACUGGGCUUCUCCUUCCCAAAGAUGGCGCCUCAUGCAAUGGAGACGAUCUUACAACCUCCCCAAUGGCCCUUGGCUUUCAGCAAUUUCGUGACUCGGUGUCUGAUGUGGGAUCCCAAGAACCGACCAACAUCAAAACAAGCCAUGGAGCACGAGUUUUUUGCGGAUGCUGUUGACCCUCUCAGACCUAAAUCAUCUUCGCGGCUACUAGGCCGAAAACAUUCUGAUCUGAGUUUCAGAUCAAAGGAUACGGCCGAAACUCCAACCAUCACAUCAAAACCUUCCUGGUUCCGCCGAUCGCUCAUUGCACGUGAGAGUGCGCCCGCUGUACCACAACAUAACCCAGAUGCCAAAGUUGUAUCAGAGCCGGAAAAGUUGGUCAGCAGACUGCGACCUCAGGCAAACAAGCGUGCGACGUGGACCAAUGGAACCAAUUCGAGUGGUGUGGCACCAAUGCCGAUACUGCCAUCAAUCCGACCCAUUUCACCCUUACCCAAUGCUAUCACGGCCCAAGCGAGCUCUGCAUUUACGGCACAGACAGAAUCGCAUUACAAACCGGUUGAAGAGAAAUCCAAAAAGAUUGGCCGGCAAUUGUCAAUCAACUCCAACAGCAAUCACUACGCUGAUAUCCACCGUCAGGAAGCGGAACGGGCCUUGAACGCAAACAGUGGCCUCGUGUCCCCGCCAAGUGGUCACAAGGAAAGUUUCUUCUCACACCUUCGCAAACGAGCAAGACGUUUCUCCGGGAGACACGGGCUGGCAUCUCCUAGCGGGGAUGAUGUCGAGGCAAAUGCAGCAAACGUUCCAUGGUCAAAUCGGUCUUCGCUUAUGGUUGACAACAUCAUUCCUGAGACUAAUACAGAUUUCUCAGAACUGGACGAAAUUCUGCAGAAUGUGAGGUAUAGCCUGGAUCGCAAUGAGGCAGAACGCGCUCAGAGAAGAUCUCCCGCAGGGCUGCCGUCCAAUCAGGGCACUUUGAAAAGAACGCACUCUGUGCCGCGAUCUCAGGGGAGUAGGUCCAGUGAGACCCUGAACCAAGCUCCCGCGCCUACCACUUUACGAUCGCGACGUCCUCUACAACUCAACCAAUAUGAGACUCCUGAAGAGGCCGAUGAAUUGCUGGACGAAGCCCUCCGCUCGGCCAGUCGUGUGGCCAAACGUCUAGACCAGAACAAAGAGCAGCCAUAUCGAACUGCGCUUGCUCACAAAAAUUACAACCGCGAGUCGUUACCACAUGUAGCAAGCACUUCCGUUCUGCAGAGCGCUUACUUGACCCCCUCUCCAUCCGCGAAGAGGAACGGGGUUCAGUUCAACUCCGGCAGUGUACACCAAACCCAACCAUUGAACAUCACCAAGACACGCCCCGAGCAUGAGCACGCUCCGCCCCAUUGGCCUACACCACCGUAUGAGGAGAAUGAAUGGGCAGCUGCCGCCGCCAACAGCAUUUUCGCCGCGGGAUCAUCGAUUUAUCGAUAG